UAGGUUAUCUGAUAUCUCUUGCUUUGAUUCUCGUUUAUAAAAAAAUAUCUUAAUUUACAAAGAAAAGAGAAUAUGUAAGAACAAAUAAACAAUUAUGUCCUGUUGAUUUUCUUCUAUUUUGAUAUUUCUAUGUUAUAAAAUUUCAAUUGCCAUAAUUUUAAAAGAAGUUGCAUAUUUUUAAGGUUCAUCAUCACCAUUAUUUUAAGGUUCAUAAUUCAAUACCAGAAUUAUUAAAUAAAAGUCAGAGUCGUUUUGUUUUCUAUUUUAUUUUUUAUAAUUUCUAGAGCCCACGGGCUUUGUUUUUUCGAAAAUGGAAGAUGUUUUUAAAGAUCCUGUGCCGCUUUCCGAAGGGAUAAAAUUAAAAGAUUUAUUGAGUGGCAAUGCAGAAUUUCAUCUAGAUAUGGACUUCAAGAAGUCAAGCAUGGGUAUGAUGUUGAACUGCGAUGAUGAUUUGUUUCCUGACAUGGAUGAUGGCAACAGUGAUUCAGAAGAUACAUACAAAAACUUAGAAGCGGAGACAGAAAAGAAUAUGCUCUCCUCUCCGGAAUACCAUUCAUUUAGUGAUCUCUCGUCAAAAAUGGUUGAUUGCAUACCGAGUGGUGAAGUUAAGAUGUUGAUAAUUGAAGAAGGCGAUGGUCCCCUAGUACCAGUUGAUGCAAUGUGCACCCUUCACUACGCGGCUUACUUCGAAAAGGCUUCAUUGCCAUUUGACAGCACUCUGACAAUGAACAAUGGCGCUCCUAUGAGCCUUCGUCUGGGUAGAGGCAGGUUCUUGCCCGGUCUAGAAAUAGGUCUUACGUCAGUAAAAGGGCCUAAAGCUAGAUUCCUACUACUAUUGCAGCCUAGUAUGGCUUGGGGCCCACUCGGGGUCCCGCCGAGAAUUAGACCGGAGCCCGCGCUGUUUGUCAUCGUUUUGUAUGACGUUGAUGAUAUACAGGGCUAUGUGAGAUACAACGACCUACCAUCAGAAGAACAGAAAAAGUAUGAAGUGAUCAUCAAAACCGUUAAAUCAUUACACAAUCACGCAAAAGUUUUGUUCUCGAAAAAACAAAACUACUCAAAAGCUAUAAAGAACUAUCAACAAGCUAUAUCAAUACUGAACACGGCUAAAACGGAAAAUUCUGACGAAUCAAACGAAGUGAAAAGAUUGAAAAUCAAUUCAUACACUAACUUAGCCGUCUGUUAUUAUAAAUUAAAUAAACCGAAACACAUAAUAAACAUGUGCGAAGCUUUAGAAUACGUAACAGAUAUUGAGAAGCACUGUAAAGUAAUGUUCUAUUACGCUAGGGGUCACGAAAUGCUCGGUAAGUACGAGGAAGCUUUAAAAUAUUACAAGAAAGCUCUAAAAUUAGAACCUAAGAAUACUGAUAUAGGCGCUGCAUUGGCUAACUUAGAUAAGUAUUUCAAGAAGUCAGCUGAUCAAGAGAGAGAUUUGUGGCAGAAUGCGUUUCAGUGUACGUCGCAAAAGAAAGCGAUUGUCUAUGACGUCGAUGAAGAUUUUAAAAAUGGCGUCGUUGACAUGUGUCAAAAUUUGGUGGCAAGGGAUGAGUACGCGAAAUUUGAUUUAGCGCCGGGUUUGACUAAGGAUGAGAUUAGUUGUAUAAAGGAUUUGAGCUCGAAGUUUGAGGGUAUCGUCGUUUUGGAGGAAGGGGAAGGUAGGAAGAAACGGUUUUCGGUUGUGAAAAAAUCGAAAAUGUAAUUUUUUUGUUGUUGUAAAGUGUCCCUGUCGAGAUUGCUUUCUGUACCUACAGAUUAAGUACAAAGUAUAUGUAUAGUAAUUACAAGACUGAAUUAA